AUGUCAUACCCUCCCGUCUUCGACUACCUCUUCAGCACGGCCAACCCCAAGCCAUACCUGAUCUUCCGAGCGUUCAUUAUCGCACACGACUCCCAAGACCUACAGCGGUUCCGGUUGUGGGUCGACCGACUGCUAGACGACCAUGUUCCUCUCCUGGACAAGCCAGUGUUCAUCAAAAACCUGAUCAUUAGUGCGUUGACUGAGACCAAGACCGCGCCACUGAUCGUCAAUCACCUGGCGAUACCCGACGAACUUCGUACAGCCAGGACGUUGCCAUCACCUUCGCCGCCAGGAUCACAGCGCCAGCAGGAACAUCAAAGAGAGCAACUGCUGUCCCAGGCUUCCCAAAUCGCCGGAGCAGGACUCUCAUCUACGCAUGGUCGGAUCCAAGGUGCUGAGCGUGAACGUGGACGUGGAUCCGUUCCUGUUCGUGGAGGCGUCCGUGGUGGUCAUGGUCGCGGACGCGGUGGACUGCAAACAUAG